UUCAGGAUAUUGUCUCGAAUGUGGCGGCAUCUGAAAUGGUUUGGCAGCGUUGCUCGUCUCUGCCCGCCGUCUUUGUUUGUCUAUUUCAUCGACCUCGCCUGAGAGAGGGAGCAAGACGGUACCAGCAGGCCUGAGAACACUGUGAGGCUUGGGGCUGGUAUUGCGGCGCUGCUGUGAGUGUGAAAAGUACCUGAGGAGUCUCCACCACUGGGUCAUUCAAGACAAGGAAGGACUGUCAUGUGUAGGCCUGAUGGAAUCUUGCAGCUUCCCUUAUUUUAGUUUCAUUCCCAUCAAGAAGUAGUGAAUCACAGAAGUAGUGCUGCAGGACCACUGUGUCACCGGCUGGAGGAUGAAGUUUGACAUUAACAAAAGUGCUGAGGCUAAAGUGCACCACAGCUACUGUGUUUGGCGUUGCCUGGUCUAGCUCUUGGUGCUGCAAGGGCUACUGUGGGACAGUGUGGUGCACACUGCGUUGAGUGCCACUGUAAUGGAGACAGAGAGGCCUGGUAGCAGCAUGAGUGACGUGGAGGAGAAGCCUGCCAGCAGCCUGUGUAAGGUGGAGGAGAGGCCGAGCAGCAGCAUGAGUGACUUGGAUGAGAAACCGGCCACCAGCUUGUGUGAAAUAGAGGAGAGGCCCGAGAGUAGCAUGAGUGGGCAGGAAGACAGGCCGGGCAGCAGCAUGAGUGGGCGGGAAGAGAAGGCAGGAAGCAGCAUGAGUGGGCCAGAGGAGCCAGACCAGUCUUCCUCGGACAUGGAGGGUGAGUGGCAUGGCGGGAAGAAGCACCACGAGGCGGGAUCCUCCUCACACAAACUAAAGAAGAGGUUUGAGUGUCAGGAUUGUGGUAAGAGUUAUCGAUUCAAGAGUGAGCUGAAGAGACACUCCAUGACCCACAGCGGUGUGAAGAAUUACGAGUGCCGUGAGUGUGGGAAAAGAUUCACCUUCCAGGCACACCUGACCCAACACAUGCUGACGCACGAUGGGGUCAGGAAGUUUGAAUGUCACGUGUGUGGGAAGAGAUUCAUCCAGAAGCCUCACCUGGCCCAGCACAUGCUGAUACAUGCUGGGAUUAAGAACUUUGAAUGUCGAGAAUGUGGGAAAAAGUUCACUCAGGAAUCAAACCUCAACGCCCACAUGAUGACGCACACUGGCGAGAAAAACUAUCAGUGUCCCGACUGUGGCAAGAGGUUUACUCACAAGACGACCUUGACACAGCACAUCCUGACACACACUGGUGAAAGAAAUUUUGAGUGUCCCGAGUGUGGCAAGAGAUUCACACAAAAGUCUAACCUCACCAGACACAUACGGAUACACAGUGACGUGAGAAAUUUCCUGUGCGAGGAGUGUGGGAGGCGGUUCACUCAGGAAUCAACGCUGGCCCAGCACACUCUGACGCACAGUAACGUGAAAAAUUACGAAUGCCAAGUGUGCGGGAAAAGGUUCACUCAACAGUCUACCCUCGCUACACACUCCGUGACUCACACCGGUGAAAGAAACUAUGCUUGUCAAGAGUGUGGGAAAAGAUUUCCAACCAGUUCCUCCCUCAGUCACCACAUAGUGAGACACACUGGCUUGAGGGAGUUCAAGUGUGACUUUUGUGGGAAGUGCUUCAAGACAAAGACAGACCUCGCCAAACACACGCGGAUCCAUUUUAAUCCGGUGUGAGAUGGUGUCUUGUGAGGGCGGCGAGUGUGGUAGCAUCUGUGUUAGUGGAAGAGAGUGGUGGUGGUGGUGGUGAUUAAAUGUUUGAGAGCUGUAAUCCCCUCUGUCAGUAAUAUUAAUCAACGUUUGGUCUGUGCAGAAAUGGAGCGCAGUGGUGGCCUGCUGUGACAUCAUUUGUUUGGGUUUCAUCUCUUGGUAGUGUCUGUUAGAGCGUCCACUGACAUGCAUGUAUAUUGUGGCACUUCACUCCUGGUUCACAUCAAUUGUAAGUUUGCUACCGGUUAAGAGAAAUGUAGUGAGCAUAGCAUUAUCAUUACCAUGUUGAAGGUAAUGAUGCGUGGCCAAGGAAACUCUCCCUUAUGAUACUGAACUGGCAGCAUAUGUACUGUGAGUCACUGUCAUGGUAGUGUGCCUGUGUGUGACAUGAAGGGCACACACCAAGGAGUGGGUGGAGGGAAAACUGUGGAGUAGUGGUGUUGUAGGAGCAGGAGUGUGAGUGUCAGAGAGACAUGUUGUGUAUCCAUUGUUUUAUGAUAUCUUGAUGGCUGAAUGUGGAAUGAAUGGUGAUGGUGCACUUCACAAAUUCCUCAUUUCUUUAUUCAGCAAAUCUGACUCAAGGCACAUGACAGUUAGGUUGUUGCAUUGUUGUGUUGUCUGUGUGUAAAUGCAAAUUUUAUGAUACUUUAAUUCACAAGUAUUUUCAUUUGUAAAAUUCUAAUUUAAUUGGCUUGAAUUUAGUUUAAUUUAAUUUUGUUGAAAUUCAUGUUGUCAAUUUUCACUUCAUUAGCAUCACUGGUGAUGUCCACAUUGAAGAAACUUGUGACAGGAAUGUUUGUUGAGGCCACCACUGUGUGGGAAUUAGUACCAAAUGUGUGGGAGUUACAUAGUAUCAAAUAAAAGAUGAGGAAGACAUUCAUGGUGUCAAUGAGAAGGAAGCGACUCGUGAUGAGUUAGUGAAGUGGUGACUCAUUGCCUUGUGCAGCUUAGACUUCCAUUCCACACCUGACUCACAGCUGGAAGUUUGACGGUUAUGAAAGUGUAAUUAAAACAAUUUUUACUCA